AUUAUUCAGAUUUUUAUUUAGAACUUUGUUUUGCUGUUUGAUUGUCAUUUGUAAUAGUACCAGCAGUAUUUAUUAAAGAUUUAGGGUAGAUUUUUGGGCUUUGGAACGAAUUAAUGGAAUUAUAAUGUAUUCCUAUGGGAAAAUCCUGCUCGACGUACGACCAUUUCGAUUUACGAACAAGGUCCUGGAACGAAUUAACUUCGUAUGUAGAGGUACCACUGUACCCCACUCGGCACUUGUCGACGGGGUCAAAAAUACAAAGGUUGAUACAUGGCCUAUUAACUAUUUAUCUAUAAUUGUAUGCAAAAGAACACGUAAUGUUUAAUCUAAAGCAACUGUACAGUAAUCUUUUUUUAUUCUUUCUUCAAAUACUCUAUUGCCACAGAAUGACCAUAGCGGUAAUCACAACUGUGCUUACAAGGUGGCACUGUUGCUCAGCUACACUUGAUUGAACUCUUGGAAGGCUGGGCUUCACCCCCCCUCCUACCACUAGACAGUCACUUAUGCAGCGAGGCAAGCAGUAGCUGUGGAUGCAAUCUAUUGGCUUCUUGGUGGUGCCGCUAAUGUCACAACCCUGCCUUUAGCCCGCACUGCCUCCGCCCGUGCAUUGGUCUUGCUGCGACUUGCUCCCCCCCCUAAAUGGUGUGGGCUGGAGUGGUAUGGAAGACUGCGUUGAGAAGCUUCGCAUGGAAAUGCUCUUUGCUGUUGAUUUUGCUCUAACACCAUUCUGGUGACAACAACAUGCCGUUGAAAUGGAAAAGCGGUUCUCCUGUCAGCUGGAAAUUCCCAGUGCCAGUCCUUAAGACGUCCCGUUCCUCACCGCUCUCACCUGCCUACAUCCACCAACACUCCUUUGUGGUGUGGACAAACCACUCUCUGCUCGCUACCUGUCCACCUUACCACCUGACAGGAUCCCUCGUGGAGGACGACGACACUCACAUGAAAGUGGCUUUGGGCUACGGUGAUAUGGGCAUUUGUGCUCACCUUCAGGCAUCAAAGACUGGAAACACACGAUUUUUCACAAGCAACACGCACAGCUCCGUGGUUCUUCAGGGCUUUGACCAGCUGAGAAUAGAGGGACUCCUAUGUGAUGUCACUCUGGUGGCUGGUGACGGUGAUGAAGCCUUCCCGGUACAUCGAGCAAUGAUGGCCUCGUCCUCUGACUAUUUCAAAGCCAUGUUCACAGGUGGAAUGAAAGAACAGGACUUAAUGUGCAUCAAGCUCCACGGAGUAAACCGAAUAGGCCUAAAGAAAAUCAUCGACUUCAUCUACACAGCCAAGUUGUCACUCAACAUGGAGAAUCUGCAAGACACACUCGAGGCAGCCAGCUUCUUACAAAUCCUUCCGGUGUUGGAUUUUUGCAAGGUUUUUCUUAUAUCUGGGGUUUCCCUUGACAACUGUGUCGAGGUGGGCCGCAUUGCCAACGCGUACAACCUCACUGAGGUGGACAAAUAUGUCAACAAUUUCAUACUGAAAAACUUUCCCUCGCUAUUGGGCACAGGCGAGUUUGUCAAGCUGCCGUUCGAGCGCUUGGCAUUUGUUUUGUCCAGCAAUAGCUUGAAACACUGCACUGAAUUAGACCUCUUCAAGGCCGCUUGUCGCUGGCUUCGCUACGAGGACAGCCGCAUGGACUACGCCUCCAAGCUUAUGAAGAACAUCCGCUUUCCCCUCAUGAACCCACAGGAGCUCAUCAAUCAUGUACAGACGGUGGACUUCAUGCGCACAGACAACACGUGCGUCAACCUUCUCCUGGAAGCUAGCAACUACCAAAUGAUGCCCUAUAUGCAGCCAGUCAUGCAGUCGGAACGGACAGCCAUCCGCUCAGACAGCGCCCACUUGGUCACGUUGGGCGGUGUCCUGCGGCAGCAGCUUGUGGUCAGCAAAGAGCUGCGUCUGUUUGACGAGAAAGCGCACGAAUGGAAAGCACUGGCACCUAUGGACGCGCCUCGCUACCAACACGGCAUUGCGGUCAUUGGUAACUUCCUCUACGUGGUGGGAGGCCAAAGCAACUAUGACACCAAAGGCAAGACAGCAGUGGACACAGUGUUUCGCUAUGACCCGCGCUAUAACAAAUGGAUGCAGGUGGCAUGCCUUAAUGAGAAGCGAACCUUCUUCCACCUCAGUGCACUCAAGGGACACCUUUAUGCUGUAGGUGGAAGAAAUGCGGCUGGGGAGCUCGCUACUGUGGAGUGCUACAACCCAAGGACGAAUGAAUGGACAUACGUUGCCAAAAUGAAUGAGCCACACUACGGCCAUGCCGGGACGGUGUAUGGCGGCUAUAUGUAUAUAUCAGGGGGCAUCACUCACGACACCUUUCAGAAGGAGCUGAUGUGCUUUGACCCAGAUGCAGACAAAUGGACUCAAAAGGCACCGAUGACCACCGUGCGCGGCCUCCACUGCAUGUGCACGGUGGGCGACCGCCUCUACGUCAUUGGCGGAAACCACUUCCGGGGCACUAGCGACUACGACGACGUGCUCAGCUGCGAGUACUAUUCGCCCGCCCUCGACAUAUGGACUCCUAUCUCCGCCAUGUUGCGAGGCCAGAGCGAUGUGGGCGUGGCCGUUUUUGAGAAUAAGAUCUACGUGGUGGGUGGAUAUUCAUGGAACAAUCGCUGCAUGGUGGAAAUAGUUCAGAAGUACGACCCCGAGAAAGACGAGUGGCACAAAGUCUUUGACUUACCCGAGUCGCUCGGCGGGAUCCGAGCCUGCACGCUCACAGUGUUCCCUCCUGAAGAUAUCUCAGGCUCGCCGUCCAGAGAGUCACCUCUUUCAGCACCUUGACGAGUGAUUGGGGGAGCCCUAUUUCGGUCACACCCCCGUUUAACCCCUGAAUUCCCCGACAAACAAUUAUAAACAUUGUUUGCCCUUCCUCUUCGGACUAAGUUUGUACUGCGUCCCUCAGUCCUAGAGUUGUGCAGCAACCCCUCAACGUGACGGUAUCCGAUUUUGACCUUAAUAUUGCGCACUUCAGGAAGGAACUUGACUCGAAAAGGGACUUUGCAAAUCAACUUUUCUACGCGAUUCCGCCACCUGUCGUUGGUUUCGAGGCGCGUCGGCGAGCAGAAGCUUGAUCGGGCUCAGGGGUCGGCCUGUCAAAACGGCUCUCCUUCGGUUUCACUUCUUUCCUGCGAUUGCUACCAAACUGUUAAAGUGGUGUUUUCUAAAUUUAAUAAAGAUGGUUUUCAAAGUAA